CCUACAUUGGACUACGCAUAGCAGGCUGCACGUACGGACAAUCGUUUGCCGCAGACCACGGUCUAAAAUAUGUUGGAUCGUAGCAGAUGAAUAUUUAUGCAGUGGUUGAUGUGGAGGAUAUUUGACGCUGUAUACCUCGCACCGUGCCCACCACGCAUGAAACUUGAAAGCGAGCUAGGGAUCCAGACACGAAGACUGAAGCAUUAUUCCACGGCAGCAGCGGCCGUCGUUCUUCACGUCAGAUAAGAUAAACAUAUACACUACUGUUCACCAACAAGGCAACAUCUACUAAAGAUCCGUGCCUACGCUGCACUGAAUCGCGAUCGUGACACAUCUAUUACUUGUAAGCCUACUCAGCCGCAUAUAGGUGUGUUCUUUGACUAAUUGUUUCAUGAAACUAUAGGUUAUUACCUUUAAGUUGAGAUGCAGUACGACGUUGCUGUUAUUGGAGGAGGGGUGGUAGGUUGUUCUCUUCUCCAUGAGUUAACGCGGCGAGGAUAUCGGUGCGUACUGUUGGAGAGGAAGGAACAUUUGGUCGCCGGGGCAAGUGCUGGGAACAGUGGUCAUGCUCAUAGCGGUUUUGAUACCGACCCCGCCUCUUUUGAGGGUCGACUGUUGACCAAAGCAAGGACAUUAGCAACUGACCACUUCUACGAGAGCCUGGGUGUACCUUACAAGAAAGUUGGGGCUCUUCUUGUGGCUUGGGACACAGAACAGCUAAAGAAACUACCUGAAGUUGUCCGCAAGUCUCAUCUGACGGGUUUGGGAGGAGUGAGACAAAUCACCCAAUCACAACUUAGAUAUCUAGAGCCAAACCUGUCCCACAAUGCCCUGGGAGCAGUCAUUAUUCCGGAUGAAGCUUUGGUGGAUCCAUGGCUGCUCCCUGUCAUGCUAGUCCACAAUGCUCAGAGAAAUGGGGCAAAGGUCAACCUGUCCAGUGAGGUGACCUCAUGUAGAAGACUUGCUGAUGGAGGCUGGCUACUGACCACUUCCAAUGGUCAAGUUGAGGCCAAAGUGGUCAUCAAUGCAGCUGGACUGUAUGGAGACAAGGUGGAGGAAAUGGCCGGUGGUACCAGCAGCUUUAGUAUCUUGCCUCGCCAGGGUCAGUAUGCAGUGUAUGGCAGAGAGGCUGCACCCUUACUGAGACACAUUAUACUCCCACUACCCACUGCUAGAACCAAGGGGGUCACCGUCUUCCCCACAGUUUAUGGUAAUGUGGUAGUGGGCCCAACAGCAGAAGAUGUAGAUGAAAGGGACAAUCCAACUGUAGAUGGCGCCACAAUAGACCGACUGGUGUCCUAUGCCAUUGGAGUACUUCCUGCACUGCGGGACCAUAAGAUUAUUGGAACGUACGCAGGGCUAAGACCCGCCACUGCUAGCCAGGACUAUCACAUAUAUGGAAAUGUUCACAGACAGUGGAUAACUGUUGGCGGAAUCCGUUCCACGGGCCUCUCAGCCAGUCAAGCCAUUGCACGGCACGUCGGUUCCAUUCUCUCUACAGACCUUAAACUGUCUCCGUCUCACUGUCCCUUGGACAGAGACAUAGGUGGCGCCACUAAGACUUGGAGUACUGAUUGCACGGAACUCGCCCUGGAUGGUGCAGGGUACAAGGUGACGCAUCCGUUAACAGCGUUUGGCCUGAGAAAAUGUUCCAAGCUGUGAGACUACAGAGAUGUCGAAUUUCGGUCCAAGGUUGCCAUCGUCUUAACAGUCCAUGUCGCUGGACCAGUGGUCUGUUGUACAAAUACAAGGCACGUCUACUGAAUGGGGCCGCCCAUUGGACGUCAGGCACUGAAUCCCAGCACUGAAUCCCAGUUGGAUCAAAGUGUUCUUUUGAUGAGGCAUUUGGGGUUAUUUCCGAUUUUAUUUUGAUACCGUCCGGACGAGCCGUGCGGCCAUAUUAACGCAUUUAGAUGUCCUUAGAGAACUGUCGGAGGCACUGAAAGCAAAAUUAUUGAAAACCAGUGUAUAAUGGACGAGAAUUUGUUUGAUAAUUAAAUCUGAACUUAAGUGGACACGAACGGGAGUGAACAUGUAUCAGAGAAAGUGCUUUUAUCUGAAUAUGAAAAUAAUUUGACUUUCUACAUACAUGUAGCUGAGUGACCAAAUUUUGUACUUUGUAUUUGAGUGAAAAUACGUGUUUGAUUUCAGAAAAAUAAUAAAGAAAAAUUAAUCCAUUGUUGCAAAUUGGGAUUUGAAUCAUCGUGCAAUGUGAUAAUAGAAUGCAAUUAACAUAUGAUCAGCUGCGUAGCAUUAUU